AUGUCUACACCGAAAAAUUCUUCAAAUUCUGACACUGAUGUAUGCUCGAUUUGUUUGGGUGCAUUAGUACAACCAGGCAUGGAUCUAUUUAAAACUGCAUGUCAACAUCAAUUUCAUUUUGUUUGUUUGGCAAAAAGUGUUGAAGCACAAAAUCAUGAAUGUCCACUCUGUCGAACUCGACUGGAUUCUUUGAGCCAAAUUAUCCAGACACCAGUGCAAAGUACAUCUGCACCUGUUCAAGUUCCUAUACAAGCUGCUGCUACGCCAUCGUCUACAGCUUCUGGAUUUUGGUCUACAUUGAGAAGAUCGCUUAGUAAUGCAUAUAGUUGGCUAUCAUACUCGAACUCAUCGGAAGAUUUGGUUGAUGAAGCAGCUGUUCGUGCUCUAUCAGCUCGAAUCCAAGCUGCUCGUCAACGAGCAGCUAAUGGUACAACUGAACUUGCAUUGAUUACAACUACAACUACGUUAGAAUUUGGUGGUCAAGUAUCAACAGAAGCCUCCAAUAUCUAUGGAAUGGUGACACUCAAAGCACCUUCUCUUCUUCCGAUUACGGCUAGCGAAAAGGAACUCAAUGAAUUACGUGUUCCAAUCGAUCUCGUAUGUGUUGUUGAUCAAAGUGGAUCAAUGCAAGGAGAGAAAAUUGCAUUACUGAAAAAGACUUUGGAUUAUAUUAUCGAUCAAAUGAGUUCACUCGAUCGAUUAGCGAUUGUUUCUUUUGAUACUAAAGCAUACGAUCGAUCUAACGGUCUUAAUAUGAUGUCACACGCAAAACAACAAACUCUUCAUACUGCAGUUGCACAGAAUAUUCAUGCCGAUGGUGGCACUUAUAUUGGUUCUGGUCUCGAAAUGGGUAUUCGAAUGUUAAUCAAUCGUCGAACGAAAAAUCCAGUCGGAGCCAUGCUUCUUCUCACUGAUGGUCAAGAUAAUCAACAUCAUGAUUAUUCUCAACUAAUGCGAACUCUACCUGAUGGUGUCGUUUGUCACACAUUCGGCUAUGGACUAGGACAUAGGGCAGCAUUGCUAUCUCAAUUGGCAGAGCAAGGACAUGGAGGAACUUUUACCUUUAUUGAUCAAGUCGAUUCAAUCGCUCUUGCUUUUGCUACUGCUCUUGGUACUCUCUUUACAUGUGUUGCACAGAACUUGAAUGUGAAACUCGAGUUCGAUGGUUCAUAUGCAGUCACACACUCGCAUUCUAUCUAUAGACAUGAACCUGUCCAAUUACCAUCUUCACAAGUCACAUUCAAACUUAAUGAUCUUAAUAGUGAGGAAAGUCGUAAUCUUGUCUUUCAAUUAAAUGUACCUGUACUUGUCGAACAACCGAAUAAUAAUGAUAUCAUUGGUCGUGUAUCAAUCGAAUAUACUGACGCAAUUAAUGGCCGUCAAAUUCACACACCAACGAUACCAUUUCUACUUGCACGUCCUGCUCAACUGACUCCUGACUCACCAUUGCUUGUUGUAAACUAUGCACUAGAUUUACAACGUAAUCGUGCAGAAACAAGUCGUGUUUUGAAAGAAGCAGUCAAUGAAUCAAACUACGAACGUGCUCGAGAAUUAUUAAAUGCACAAUCGGCAAAAAUUCGAGCGUCGGUAUCAGCUCAAGAUCCACUAUGUCAACAAUUAAUACGCGAUUUGGAAUAUCAGUAUACAAGUCAAUAUGAAUUUGGAACAACCAUGACUAAUAUGUAUAUGCAGCACGGACAAGAACGAUUCGCUUAUUCAACAGCUACAACAUUUAGUUCAAAUUGUUAUAUGACAUCGGGUCAAGAACGUUUUCGAUCGCUUGCACGUAAAUAUAAUUAA